GUCCCCUUUUAUGCAGAACUGCGAGAAAUGAAAGUUUAUUUUUUGGAUUAAUAAGAAAUUCUUUGGCACACCAAAAAGAUGAACCAAGAAGAGCUUGAUGAAGUAGCUGAAAAGUUGGACAUAAAAUACAGUGUUUUGGACAAUCUUGAGGAUGGAAGGUUGACAUACACAGCCAAUAUUGUUCUGAAAAACUAUAGUUCAGUAACAUUAGAUUAUGAGAAGAAAUGGGCUAUUUAUUUCUGUCACAUUCGAAUGAUAGAACCUCCCAUUCUGCCAGAUGAAGAAGCAAUCAUUGUUGCCUCAGGGAUCAAAUUCAGACAUAUCAAUGGGUGUUUGUUUACACUGGAACCUAUCAAGUCUUUCAAACCAGUUGGUAAAAAUGAAUCGUUAGAAGUUAUGUUCAAAGCUCAGUAUUAUUCAGUUGCAAGGUCGGACCUUAUGCCAAAUUGGUAUAUAACAUCAGAAAGCCUCAAACCUAGAGUGUUAAAAUGUACUAGUCAUGAUGAUUUACAAUAUGUGCAGUCCUUUGACGAGGAGGCAAAAUGGAAACGGUUUUCGUAUAAAUUAGAUAACGGAACUUUAAGACAGGAUAAGUAUGAUCCAUGGACACCACAGGAGAGAUUCAUAAAAAAUAAAAUUGAAGACCUGAAGAAACAGGGCAAGGAUGUAAUACCAACACCGCUUGAAAUGGACAUAGAUAAAGUCAAGGACAUUAAUUUGUCCUCUGGUAACUGGAUUAUAUAUGCUGGAAAGGAAGUUUACAAAGAGGCACAGAUUCUUAAAGGUAAUAUUAAAAUAGAUGUUGAUGUGAAAGAAAUGAAAACAAAUGACAAUGCUAGAUGUGAAAAUGUGAUAACCUUGAAACUGGGGCAAGUGUAUGACGGCAAUAAUUCUGAGGCUUAUGCUCUGACAAUCAAAGAAAAUCCUCCAUUGGUUGAAAUCAUUGGAAACAAACCCUGUGGGGUAUUUUAUGGGGUGCAAACUCUGUUAGCAUUAUUAAAAGACAACAGAAUUCCAAUAGUGAAAAUUAAAGACUAUCCACGCUAUCCUUACCGAGGGAUGCAACUGGAUGUGUCCAGAAACUUUCAUAGUAAAGCUCAGGUCUUAAAGCUUUUGGAUGUGAUGGCCAUGUAUAAGAUGAAUAAAUUCCACUUCCAUUUAACUGACGAUGAAGGAUGGAGGAUAGAAAUUCCAGGAUUAGAGGAACUCACUUUGGUUGGAGGUAGGAGAGGUCAUGACCUUUCUGAGAGAACUUGCAUUCUCCCAAUGCUUGGUUCAGGUCCAGAUUUUAAUACAUCGGGUACAGGAUAUUAUACAGUUAAGGAAUACCAGGAAAUUUUACAAUAUGCUGUAGAUCGACAUAUUGAAGUAAUUCCAGAAAUUGACAUGCCAGGACAUAGUCAUGCCGCCAUUAAAGCAAUGCGAGCAAGAUAUCUUAAAUACAAGGAUGAAGGGGAUUUAGAAAAAGCCAAAGAAUAUGUAUUGACAGAUUUAGCAGACACUAAGCAUAUCUUAUCUUGUCAAUUGUAUGCAGAAAAUUCCAUGAAUCCAGGCCUGGAUUCAACAUACAGAUUCAUUGAAAAAGUUGUAGUAGAAGUACAGAAAAUACAUGAAGAUGUUAGUCCAUUAAAACUGUUCCAUUUUGGUGGUGAUGAAGUUCCCUAUGAAUCAUGGUUGGACUCACCUGCUUGUAAAAGACUUAUUGACACAAAAGAAGUUAAUAAGUUUAGUGAAUUGAUGGAAUAUUUUAUUAAAAAAGUGGCUAAAAUUGUUGCUCAGCAUGACUUAUAUUUAGGAGCUUGGCAAGAUGGGGUUAUUCAUGAUGAAGUAUUUUUAGAACCAAUGAAGAGGGACUCUUUUCCUAAUAAGGAAGUUGUUGCUUAUGCCUGGCAGAAUGUUUGGGAGUCUGGUUUGUCAGGUUGUGCAUAUAAGCUUGCUAAUGAAGGUUACAAGGUUGUGAUGGCUCAGGGUACCCACCUGUACUUUGAUCACCCACAGGAACCUGACCCAGAAGAAAGAGGUCUGUACUGGGCUGCCAGAUAUAUAGAUACAAGAAAGACAUUCAGUUUUAUGCCAGAUAAUAUUUAUGCAAAUGCAGAUUUCAAGCUUACAGGUGAUCCUAUUACAAAGAAAGAUUUAGACCACAAUGCUAAAGACCAUCAUCAAUUGAAAAAGGAAAAGAAUGUUAUUGGCAUGCAAGGACAACUAUGGUCAGAACUUGUCAGACUUCCAGACCAAAUGGAUAAUAUGAUAUUUCCAAGAUUAAUUCCUUUGGCUGAAAGAGCUUGGCACAAAGCACAAUGGGAGAGUGAAGAAAAGCAGGACAGCAGAAAAAGACAGGAGACUGCUGAUUGGACAUUAUUUGCUAACAGCUUGGGGUAUAAAGAGCUAGAAAGAUUAGAUAAUAUGGGAGUGGCUUAUCAUAUACCACCUCCAGGUGCAAGGAUUGUGAACAGUAAAAUAGAAAUGAAUGUGGCAUAUCCUGGACUAAAAAUGGAGUACAGCAUAGAUAAUGGUGUCACAUGGUCAUUGUAUGACAUGCCAGUAGAAGUCAAAGAUGACGCAGAUAUACUGUUAAGAACCAAAUCAGCCAAUGGGAAGAGAAACAGUAGACAUGUGGUACUGAAAAUGGUGGCUGAAAAGAUGAAAAAUUCACAAAAAACAUGGAAUCAGUAAAAUAGCAUUAGAGCUCAGCUUAUAUUGUUCAGUAUAUAUCAAAUAUAUUAUAUAAAACACUGCUUUUAAGUAUGUAACUGUUGUAUAACAUCAAAUGGUUCUCUGGCCUUUGGUUUUUGUCGAGCCUGCGACUUUUGUCGCAGAAAGCUCGACAUAGGGAUAGUGAUCCAGCGGCGGCGUCAGCUAACUUCUUUAAAGCUUUAUAUUUUCCAAGAUGGAAGACCUGGAUGAUUCAUACUUUGUAUAUAGAUGCCUUAUGUUAUGAAGUUUCCGUCUGUCAUAUGUCCAUUGUCCUUGACCUCAUUUUCAUGGUUCAGUGACAACUUGAAAAAAAGUUAAGAUUUUUUGUAAAGUUAAUUUCUCUCUUAUUAUGAGUAAUAGGAUAACUAUAUUUAAUAUGUGCCUACCUUGCAAGGUCCUCAUGCCCGUCAGACAGUUUUUAUCUGACCUCGACCUCAUUUCAUGGAUCAGUGAACAAGGUUAAGUUUUCGUGGUCAAGUCUGUAUAUCAGAUACUAUAUGCAAUAUGUCUUCUAUAUUUGGUGUAUGGAAUGAUUGUAAGGUGUACAUGUCCAACUGGCAGGUGUCAUUUGACAUUGACCUCAUUUUCAUGGUUCAGUGGUUAAAGUUAAGUUUUUGUGUUUUGGUCUAUUUUUCUAAUACGUCACGUAUAUGCAAUAGGUCAACUAUAUUUGGUGUAUGGAAAUAUUUUACAAUGUACAUGUCAGUUUGACAGGUUUUAUUUGACCUUGACCUCAUUUUCACGGUUCAUUGCUUAGUGUUUAGUUUUUGUGUUUUGGUCUGUUUUUCUUAAACUAUAACCAAUAGGUCAACUAUAUUUGUUGUAUGGAAUGAUUGUAAGGUGUAUAUGUCUGUCUGGCAGGUAUCAUCUGACCUUGACCUCAUUUUCAUGGUUCAUUGGUCAAUGUUAAGUUUUCAUGGUUAAGUUUGUUUCUUAGAUACUAUAAGCAAUAGGUCAACUAUAUUUAUUGCAUAUAUUGAUUGUAAGGUGUACAUGUCUGUCUGGCAUGGUUCAUUUGACCUUGACCUUAUUUUCAUGGUUCAUUGGUCAAUGUUUAGUUUUCCUGUUUAAGUCUGUUUCUUAGAAACUAAAAGCAAUAGGUCAACUAUAUUUGGUGUAUUGAAUGAUUGUAAGGUGUACAUGUAUUUCCAGUUGGGUCUAUCUGCCCUUGACCUCAUUUUCUUGGAUCAUGUUAAUUUUAUGUGAUACUUUUAGUAAAGCUUUAUAUUUAGGACUAUCAACAUAAAAUCAAUGGUCAGUAAAGAAGGCGAGACAUUUCAACCAGUGCACUCUUGUUUCAUAAGUAAUUGAAAGACAAAAAAUGAAAGAAGGAGGUACGAAAAGAGCAUUAUUUUGCCAGUAACUAAAAAAAAUCACGUUUAUCUUUUUUUGUGGUGUUUUUCGUUUUUUAUUUAUUUUAUUUUUAUUUUUUUAAGGUUGUCAAAUGAAUAUCUGAAUACGUGAUAGUUUAUGUGUAUAUUUUGGUGUAGACCAGCAUUUUUGUUAUUGGAUGUAAAAAGUAAAAUGUUAACUUAAAACUAAUUUAAUUAGGUAUGGGAAAAAUGGCUAUAACUAAGCUAACCCUUGUUGUAUUUAAGAAAGGAAAUUGAUAAGUCACAACUAAGAAGUGUUCAAUCUUUAGAUAUGUGGUAUUAAUUAUAAUUAGAUACUAAGAGUAUGUAUCAAUAUUUACAUUGUCUUAAAGAGAAUAUCCUGAAAAUACACAGCAGUUUCUUCCACAUAAAAUCAGGUUAAAUUGAUAUAGUAUGAUGCAGUUCUGUAAUUCCGCCAAUAUAAGGCUUUGAUCGUAUGUAUUUCUGCUUAAUUAUAUACAAAUUGUAUCAAAUUUAAUAUAAAUUGAUUCACUGACAACUCAAUUUUAAGAAGGUUAUCUCAUUUCCCAAAAAAUAUCUGAAAUAAAUUUUAAAAUCAACAAAACAAGUGGGUCACGUGUGUUUUUAUCUGAAAUGUGUUUGUCUGGUAAAUCCGCCCAUGUGCAGUAAAUCUGUAUGUAGGGCCAGUUUAUCAUAUAAUUAUGAAUGGAAAGUAGUGAUUUAUUAAUAGACUGCUUGUAAAGGGAUUCCAGACAAUAGAAAAAAAAAUUCAUGUCAGAAAUGAAUUUUUUAAGCAAUAAUAUGAUUAUCAUUAGCUUUAGGAACUGUAUUAUAGAUAUCACUCAAUAUUUUCUUAAUUAAGGAUCUUUUUUUAAAAGUUGACAUCCAGUGAGGAUAAGUACAGUUCCUAUGAAUAAAAUAGCAGACGAAAUAUUCAUGGAAGUGACAAUUAUGGAAGUAAAUGGGAGUGGGCGGGUUUACUGGAAAAUACUUGAGUCUGUGUGUUAGGUGUAAAAUUGGAAGUGUUCCUAUGUUGCUCUAAAUAAAAGGCAUUCGUCAUGUUAAACACUGUAUUAUGUACCAGCAGUUUUUGAAGUUUUAUAAACAUAUUUUGAAGCAAGAUGGGGUGACAAAAGUUUUAAAUAGUAGGAUUUUCCUUUGUAGUCAGUUUUAGGUGUUUAAAGUGAUGUUAGUUUGAAAAAAGAGCAAAACUCACUUGCUAUGUUUAUAAAGCUAUUGUUCUUGUGCUCCAUGUAUUCAUUAGCAAUAAACAAAAUUGAAACCCGAAAUGAAAAUUGGGUGUUUUUAUGAUUUCAAAGAAUGGUUGAUAUUUACUUGAAAUGAGUAAUUUAAACUCUGAGAAUUAAAAUAUACACUACAUGCAGAAAUUUGAGGUAAACUUUAUAAUACCUGGUAUGUGCAAAGGGCGUUGGCCUUUUUUUUUAAACUGUGGAUUCAAUGACAUUAUUUCAAACAUGAUCAAAUUUGUAUUGAAUUAGGUGCAGUUAAAAUUACUGCUUUGGUGAAGGUGAUUAAUAUGCAUUUAUUUCCCUUGUGUUAUGGAGAUAUGAAGAUUUUUUCACCAAAGAAAAUUCAUAUUUCCAAAGGGCAUUGCAUGAGGGAAAUAUGACUUUUUGAGGGUGAACAAAUCUUCAUAUCUUCCUAAGCCAAUGAAAAUAAAUGUUUUAUUCCACUGUCUAUUUUUGUACCAUCUAAAAAUUUUAAAAAAUAUUUACAUACAAUUUUUCAGAACAGCUUGCCGUUAAAACUAAACACAACAUAAACAAAACCAAUCAGAAGUUAGUUAUUUAUUCUAUGACAAUUUUUUUUUCUGUUUUAAGGAUGUUCGCUCCUCUUGAUUUUGAAUUUUUACCAGAUAUUCGGAAUCCUCUGGUUUUAUCCAUGCAGUGCCAUUAACAAAUUUUGCCCGCAAACCCCUACUUUUCUUUUCAUAUUUUUAUUACAUAUAGUUUAAAAAGCCAUAUUUGAAAAUCUUAUAAAAUCCUAGUUAUUUUUCCAUAGCUUUUGAAAGAAAAAGGUGCCAGUGUUAAGUGUAUGAAAAAUCUAGAGAGAAUCACUUUCGCCAAAUUUUUAAUGGCUUAUAUCUUGAAAACAAGCACACGAACCCUUCAUUUUUGUCGAGCCUUCGACUUUUGUCGAAAAAGCGAGACAUAGCGAUCCUACAUUCCGUCGGCGGCCGCGUCCACAAAUAUUCACUCUGUGGUUAAAGUUUUUGAAAUUUUAAUAACUUUCUUAAACUAUCCUGGAUUUCUACCAAACUUGGACAGAAGCUUGUUUAUGAUCAUAAGAUAAUAUUCAAAAGUAAAUUUUGUGAAAAAAAAAUUCCAUUUUUCCGUAUUUUACUUAUAAAUGGACUUAGUUUUUCUGCCAGGAAACAUUACAUUCACUCUGUGGUUAAAGUUUUUGAAAUUUUAAAUAACUUUCUUAAACUAUCCUGGAUUUCUACCAAACUUGGAAAGAAGCUUGUUUAUGAUCAUAAGAUAGUAUCCAGAAGUAAAUUUUGUAAAAAAGAAAAUCCAUUUUUUCCGUAAUUUACUUAUAAAUGGACUUAGUUUUUCUGUCAGUUAACAUUACAUUCACUCUGUGGUUAAAGUUUUUAAAAUUUUAACAACUAUCCUGGAUUUGUACCAAACUUGGACAGAAGCUUGUUUAUGAUUAAAAGCUAGUAUCUAGAAGGAAAUUUUGUUAAAAUUUUAUUCCGUUUUCUCCGUAUUUUACUUAUAAAUGGACUUAGUUUUUCUUCCAGUUAAUAUUACAUACAGUCUGCAGUUUAAGUUUUUUAAACAUUUAUUAGAUUCAUAAACUAUCCUGGAUUUUUACCAAACUUGGACAGAAGCUACUUACAAUCAAAAGAUAGUAUAGAGAGGAAUAUUUUUAUUAAUUUUUUUCCUCUUUUUUGUUGAGCCUGCGAUUAACAGCAAAAGUAGGCGAGACACUGGGUCCCGCGGAACCCUUACGAAUUUUUUUCUUUUUUUUUAGUUCCUUUAUUCAUAUGCCUUCAAUUUAUAACAGUCUUUUAAAAAGCUUGUUAUUUUGAAACAGAGUAGCGGACAUCCUUAAGUCUGAAAUAAAUUUGAUAAUUUUGAUAAUGAUUAUACUAUGGCCAAAUUACAAAAGAAGGAACUAUGAUACUUAGAGGGGUUUAUGAAGUUUGGUUCAAUGUCCCAAGGGAUAGUCUUAACCAAUAAAGUAUUUAUUUUGCUAUCAAUAUUCACAUACAGUGGAAUAAUGAUUUUUAUUUAUGAAAAAAUGAGUGAAAAAUUAUUUUUGCCAAUGACAAAUCUAAUAGUCUCAGGUGUAUACUGACUUUUUAAGCAGUACAUGAGUAAUCCAGAAUUGUGCAAUUUUUUUUAUAAGAGUUAGAUUGUAGAUUUUUGAACGCUGAAAAAGUAUGACCUAGUUUUGUUGAGUGAUAUGGCAAGUGUAGUUAAAAUGUUAUUGAUCGUUAUAAUGGAGGGAUUUAUUGGUUUUACAGGAGUUGUUCCAUUAUUUAGAUCAAAUUUAUAUUAUAAACUAUUUGCCUUUAUUGAUUCAGCAAUAAUUGUUUUAUUGUUUGAAUUGCUACAAUAUAGUCUUUAAUGUAUAUAUGUCAGAAUUGACUAUUACCUCAUUCAUUGUUAAAAGGUCAGAGAGACCGUGACAUGUUUUAGUGUCAGAUUGGACUAUUUUCUUAUUCAUAGUUAAAAGGAAGGAGAGUUCAUGACAUGUUUUAGUGUCAUAAUGGACUAUUUUCUAUGUGAUAGUUAAAAGGUCAGAGAGACCAUGACAUGCUUAAGUGUCAGAAUAGACUAUUUAUCUCUUUCAUAGUUAAAGGGUAGAAAGAUAAUGAAUUUUGUUUAGUGUGAGAAUUGAGUGUGAAAUCUUAUGGUGAAAAUGAUAAAGAAAUCAUGACGGAUGGGACUUUCAAGGACCCACCAGUCUACCUUUAGACAAGGUUCUAGAUAUGCACCAUCUACAAGUAAAAUGUACAGAGAUAAGUAAAAUAUGCAUAAAAUAAACAUAAAAUAUAAUAUGAAGAAUUAUAAAUCAUUUCUAAUAAAUAAUAAUUUGCAUUAUAUUUCUGUAAUGUCUUACUGCUAUUCAGUAUUGUCACUAAAUAAAUCAUUUCAAUUGAA